AUGCUGAUUACCGAACCGUUGUUUCUACACUUUCCUGUAGAUGAUUUGCCCUUAAUUCUAACUACAGAUGCUAGCGAUAUUGGAGUAUGUGGCGUGUUACAGCAAGAACUUCUAUCAUAUUGUCAUGGUAGAAACCUUCAAACUAAUACUAUCACAUCUCAUCAUCAAGUUAAAACUAUUUCGAUUUCUGGUCUUCAAUGGAAAAACGUAUAUGGCCAAUCACUAUGUCUUUUUUCUUUAAUACAUCAAGAUCAAUUUUCUUCUUUAAUAUCUUCAACCGCUUAUCUUUUACUGCUUGUUGGAACAAAUUCCUUGAGGAAUUUGCCCGCAACAGAAGUCAUUAAUCAAGUUGAUGAUAUUCUUCACUUUCUUUAUUCUCAACAUCAUCAUUUAAUAAAUCAAAAAAUAGUUAUUACAUCAUGUAUUCCAUGUUUCAAAAUUCCAAGACGAUUUGGUACAGUUGCCUCAUUAAUGAAUAAUAUUCAUUAUUAUAAUCAAUUACUGUUCGAACUUUCAUCUGAAAAUAAUUUUCUUUAUUUCGAUUUACAAGUACCAACAUAUUGGUUGGGAGAUGACAUGAUACAUGUCGCGUAUCAGCAUCGUCAUGAUUUUUCUAAUUCUUUUCUAAACUAUACAAAUUCAUUACAAAUGCAUACAACUCUACCAACUCGACAUAAUAUACGAUCUCGUGAAGUGAUUUCUCGUCGCAAUGAAAAAGAAAUCUGA